AUGGGAUUCGAAUCUAAAGACUCCGGUAUAGCUGCUUCCAUCUUUCUUUCUUUGUAUGUAAUAUAUACUGCUCUUGCAAUCAACAUCGUCAUCAAGGAAGGAUGGAGAAGUGUUUAUACCACCCUUCUCAUCCACGGGAUCUUUCGAGUAGCAGGUCAGCUAUGUGGAGUAGCAUUUGCAGCCCUAGGCUGGGCACAUUGGCAAUUUCUUAUUGCCUAUUUGGUUUUCAGUGCUGAAGGUUAUUUUGUUCUUAUCUUAUCCGCGUACCAUUUCAUUGCCAGAGCUCAGUAUGCUGUCAUUGGAUAUUCUUGGAUCAGGCCUUGCAGGGAGGACAGGAAAGCUAAAGUAUCUGAAGCCAAAACUUUCACAGAUCGUCUCAGAGCACGCUUGUCCCUUUACAACGUGUUUCACUACCUCUUGAUCCCUGCCAAUUCAUUCAUUAUAUCUGGUGGAUCUAUGCUAUCUGGUUUGACAAUUGAGGAAAUCAACGGCCACUCAGGAAAGCUCGUCACUUCCAGGGUUUUGAGGACCGUAGGUCAAUCGAUAUUUCUCUUUCAAACAUGCGUUGCAAUCUUCUUAGCUUUCAGAAGUUAUUUCGUUGAGAAGAUUAGCCACGAGUUCAUCUAUGCUGUAUUCAUUGUGGCCCCUUUCCUUUUGGUCAGAGGUGUGUUUGGUAUCUUGUCUAUAUACUUGGACAAGAUGGACUACUUCCUACUUUCUAAUUACACAGCAGAAGGACUUGCAAGCUCGUUUGUGGCUUACGAAUAUAUUAUGGGAACCACUAUGGAGUUUGUGAGUGCAACCGUUUUUAUUUCAACAUAUUACAUUAACAGAAGACUUACAAAGAAGAGAGAAGGAGACAUUGAAACCUUUCAGGAAGAUCUGGAAGAAAAGAAGGUCGACGAAACUUCAUGA